GCGCCGUCGAAAUUCGCGCGCUUCGGCCAGAACAUCUCAAACUACCUAUGUCCACUAUCACCCUUAUUCUUUCGAUGUUCUUCUCGUUUUCUCUAAUUGUUGUAAGAAAAGCUCCGCCUGUCCGCAUCGUCCGCGAAAAUACCGAUACGACAUGGGCAAUUCUAGCGUGAAGCAACAUUAUGAGACCGCGAAGAAGACCGGCACGUUGAAGCUGUCUCGGCACAAGCUGGACGAGUUCCCGCAGAAUCUCCGUGCCUUGGCGCCGCUGUUGCGCACUUUGGAUCUAUCCGAAAACAAGUUCACUACGUUGCCGAACGAGAUCGGUGACUUUACAAUGCUAAAACAGCUGACCAUUAAUUACAACCGGCUGACCGGUUUACCCGACACGCUAGGCGCGCUCGUGAAACUGGAAGGCUUAAAUUGCGCCGCGAAUCAAAUCAGGUCGAUCCCGUCGUCGUUGGCAAAGCUGAACCAUCUGAAGCAGGUCAAUCUGUCCGACAAUCAAAUCUCCGACUUUCCGUUGGUGUUUUGCGGCCUCCGGCAUUUGGACGUCCUCGAUCUGUCCAAGAAUCGGCUCACGACUGUGCCGGACGCCGCCACCAGCCUCCAUGUGACCGAGCUCAACCUUAAUCAGAACCAGAUCGCCACCAUCUCCGAGAAGCUGGCAGAUUGCCCGCGGCUGAAGACGCUACGAUUGGAGGAGAACUGUCUACAAUUGAGCUCGGUGCCCAUCAGGAUCCUCAAGGACUCCAAAAUAUCAAUAUUGGCGCUCGAGGGAAACCUCUUUGAAAUGAAGCAGUUCGCCAAUCUGGACGGUUAUGAUACUUACAUGGAACGCUACACAGCGGUUAAGAAAAAAAUGUAUUGAAAGAUGAUUUCAUGCUAAAACGUAGAAAAUAUAAUAAUUUCAUUAUAUAUUUAAAAUAUAUAUCGCACACGCGUUUGUGGUGAGAUUAAUACAUUGUCUAUAAAAAUGAAUUACAGUUGGAUCAACAAUGUCAUGAAGAAAAAAAGAUUUAAUUAUUAUAUGUCAUAUAUUUGAUGUGUAUUUUAGAUGCAACAUUAUUGCCGAUUUAAGAGCAAGCAGCCCAUGUAAGAUAUCUAAAAGAUGGACAUGAUAUAUUUAAAUCUAUAGAAGAUUUAUAUAAGAUUUUACAGUUUUGAAAUAUUUCCUUUUUCGUAUGUUAUAAAUUAAAAUUUUGGCGAGAUGAACCAUGUGAUGCUAUAUCUAUAUCUAGAUGAUUUAUAUAACGAUUUAUAAAUAAUCAUAAUCAAGAGAAAAAAAAAGUAUAUAUAUAUAUAUAUAUAUAUAUAUUAAUUUAUAUAUUUUUAAUAAAAAUAAAGCACGCGAUUAUUGAUAUUUGGAAAAAGAUCAUAUGCCAAAAUAACAGGUACAGUUUUUGUAUUAUUUUAUUGAUUCUCUGUUUGACGUUUAGUAUAUUAUAAUAUUUGAAUCUGCACGAAAAAUUCACAAAAUGUUUGAAAAUUUUAAUACAUACGAUAUCUAGAAAGUAUGUUUCGUUUUCGAUUUUAACGUAUUAAUCUUUUCUAAAUAUUUAUUUACCAAAGUGGUAAUAAUCAUGGAAUGAUACGCGCCGUUAUCUAAGGAAUUUGAAAAGUUGAAGUAUAUAUAUAUAUAUAUAUGUUAUGUGUUGAUAUUUUCUUCGAUCUUAAAUAAAGAAUCUUUUCUUUCAUAAGAUGGAAAUACGAUGGAUGACCUUAGAUUAAUAAUGAAAAUUAUAUUUUGCAAACAUAAAAUAAUUAUUACAUGGCGUAACAACCAAGAGCUUGCAUUUGUAUCGCAUAUUUAGGUGUUCAUUCUAUGAAAACAUUGCAUGUAACAAUGUAACAAUGCGAUCUUUACAAUGUACGAAACAAAUAAAAUGUAGUUCUAAUAUUGAUAUAUUUUUCAAAAUGAGAUAUAGACACAUGUAACAAUGUGAAAAUGUGACAUUAAAUUGAGAUAUAAGUACAGAUAGAAAUUAAUCAAAAAAUAUGCGUAUUUCCACCAUUCCUGAAAUUAGUAAAAUUUAUUCAGGGAUAUUGAAGUAACACAACACUGAUAAGCAAAAUUGAAUUAGAAGUAUAACGUCUGUUCUUUUAAAUAAUUUAAAAAUAUGUCUAUGCAUUGGAAACUUGUAUCGAGUAAUACGAUAGUUUG